AAAUGGACGUAGUAUACAUGAUGCUGAAAUGGCAUCGGCUAAAAAUGCAUUAGAAUCACAUGCGUCAAUGUUUCCACUAUUACAUUAUCAAAAAACGGUAUUAGAAAAAAAGUUUGUAUCGUCAUCGUCAUCGCCGUCAUCUCGUUCACUCUAUAAAUGCAUUAUUUAUGUACAGCGUGAUACCAUUCUAAAACCACAAUGA